CCGACCCUAUCAAGCUUUGCGCUGGCUUCGACCAACGACGAGGUGCCCGCCGUCAAGGCCACUCAUUCACCGCACGAUUGCGAAAGGGAGCAUUGCAAAAGGCAUCAAUCCUACGAGUUUGAGCUGAGGCCGUAGCACCGCCGCAUAGUCCGUCACGACUCGCCACUCGUCAGAUCUUCAGACAUGACGUUCUUUCAAGGCGCGGAGCAAGCCGCACGCGUCCCAUUCUCUGGCGCUGCCCACUUGCUCCUUCCAGAGCUUAUAUUAACGCUCCUUGUCGCAUUCGACAUUCCUCGGGCCGCGAAGUUCGCUGGAUCCAUCGCACUCCUUAGCUAUAUCAUUCACACCUUCGCCACGACCACAAGCGGGGACAGUGUCGAUGAGUACACGAUCGGGAGCGCGGUCCUGGGCAACAUGUUCUUCACUGUCAUCUACCUCGUCUGGUCCAACGAUCCCAUGCGCGAUUUCCGGUACCUCCGCGACGAGGAUAAGUCUCCCCUGUCAUCCAGACCCAUUUGGUCGCGCUUAUACGCUGCGUUGAGCCUUAUAAGCAACAAUCGGAUGAUAGGUUGGAACGUCCAGGUAGCCAACGUCCCUCCUAUCAAGGGCACUCGGGCGCAAUUCCUCUUCCGCCGUGCUCGGCAGUUCAUCCUAGCCUAUGUGAUGGCCGAUGUCUUCGAUUGCAUCGUGCGUUUCAAUCGUCCCCUAUACGAAUCGACGCUCCCUGGCGGCACCCGGUUCCCGCUAGGCGUCAUCGGCCACCUCCAGAAGUCGUGGUGUAUGGUCAACUGGCUCCUUAUGACAUACUCCACCCUGAAAGUGUACUACGUGUUCGCGUCCAUUGUGACGGUCGCCUCGUACGCGAGCCAACCGGAGGACUGGCCCGACGUGUUUGGGAGCUGGAAGGACGCGUACACUGUUCGCCGUCUAUGGGGACGGGCCUGGCACCAAUUCCUCCGUCGCCACUUCAAGCAAUUCGGCUCGAUCGCAGUCGACACCCUCCGCAUUCCCCGCGGGACGUUUCUCUCCUCUCAAGUCCAGGUCCACGUCGCAUUUGCCGUUUCGGGCCUCUUGCACUCCUUCGGCGACCUCGCGAACGCCCGAGCCACACGCGCAGGCUCGUUCAUAUACUUCUUCCUGAACGGCCUCGCCAUCACGUUCGAGGACGUCGUCAUCAAGCUCGCCAAGUCGUUCGGCUUCACGGGCCUCACGACCGCGACGAGAUGGCUAGGCUACGCGUGGGUGGUCUUGUGGGUCGGCUUGUCGAUCCCGAUCUAUGUUGAUUGGAUGAAUGAAACCGGAGUGUGGGGCAAGGACACGGUACCUUACUCCCUGGUGAGGGAGGUGCUUCAUCCGUGGAUCAAAAGUACAUACUUAUUCGAACAGGCCUAGACCAACUGUCUCGGACUGUGGGUAAUUGUAAUCUCACCUCGUACUUGGAUACCACCAUUCCGUCUUGCUACACAAUUGGUCUCAUCAUACCGUCAAUAUGCCGCGCAGGGGCAUGAGCCUCGUGGGUGUUGGCUUACAGUCAUGGAAAUGCGAAAGGA